CUUUGUGAGACAUCUUCUUCAAUGCCAUGUGUUUUUCUACUGAGCAUGCUCAGUACAAAUUCCAAAUGACAUGCGCCAACUUCCUUUCUCUCUCUUGUAGUCCAUGUGGCCAAGUCUAUCUUCUUUAAUCGUAGGAUAAAGGCAUGGGUAGAGUAAUUCGUGGCCAGAGGAAAGGCCGUGGCAGUAUCUUUAGAGCCCACACAAAUCUUAGGAAGGGACCAGCAAAGCUUCGUUCAAUUGACUUUGCCGAGAGACAUGGUUAUAUAAAGGGUGUUGUUCGUGACAUUAUCCAUGACCCUGGUCGUGGUGCUCCCCUGGCCAAAGUGGUCUUCCGUGAUCCUUACCGCUACAAAUUACGCAAGGAGUUGUUCGUUGCCACAGAGGGAAUGUACACCGGACAAUUCAUCUACUGUGGAAAGAAAGCCACACUAUCUGUUGGGAACUGUCUGCCACUGGGGUCUGUGCCGGAGGGUACAAUCGUGUGUGGACUGGAAGAGAAGCCAGGAGACAGGGGGAAGAUGGCCAAAGCCUCGGGGAACUAUGCCACCGUCAUCGCUCAGAACCCUGAUACUAAAAAGACAAGAGUAAAACUCCCAUCGGGAUCAAAAAAGACACUGCAGUCAGCUUGCCGAGCCAUGGUGGGCGUAGUUGCCGGUGGUGGAAGAAUUGACAAGCCUCUGUUGAAGGCUGGAGCUGCUUACCACAAGUACAAGGUCAAGAGGAACUGCUGGCCUGUAGUCCGUGGAGUGGCUAUGAAUCCUGUGGAGCAUCCCCACGGAGGAGGAAACCAUCAGCAUAUCGGUAAACCAUCCACCGUCAAGAGGGGCACUCCAGCCGGUAGGAAGGUCGGUCUCAUUGCUGCAAGAAGAACUGGAAGACUACGUGGAGGAAAGACGUCCAAGUCAGGCACAAAGGAGGAAUAAACUACAUUUAUAUAACUGUGUCGCAAUACUGUUGUAUGUUUUCAAAGAUGAGAAUGGCUCAUGUGAGGAAAAAUAAUAAUUGUUAUAAAACACA